GAAUAAAAUAAUUAUUUACAGUGUGUUUACUUUUAUUAGAAGUUUAUUUAAUAUUAAUCUUACAAUGUUUAAUCAUUUAUUAUGUCUCACUCAGUCUUACAGAGUCAUUGUUUCUCUUUUUAGCCUCAGUGUGUCAGAAGCUUAGCAACAGGCGAUAAGUAAAUAGUUGUCAUACCUUGAGGAGGGACAAGACCAGACCGACGGCGGAGCGAUUAUUAUUAGACACAGAAUAUUCUGUCAGAAACCCAUUUUUAACUGAAAGUUGCAUUUUUCUCUGUGUGUGUAUUAAUCUGAUUAGCUCCUUGGGAAUGUUGGUGGCGACACUCUGUCUGCGGGAGAAGGACAGUAUACAGUAUAUGUAGAGAGGUGAUUCCUUUGUCUAGUUAGAUCUCUUCUGAGUUCUCCAUCUGUGCAGAUGUGAAAUAAAGCUGUGUUUUGUUCUUUCUCUUUAACAAGGUUUGGACUUUGUUAAUUUUUCUCGCUCCACAAUUUGGCGUCACGAACAGGAUUCUUCCCGGUUCGUCCUUCCGGUGGACAGCCAGGAGAGGGCUGAUCACCAAGACCCUCAUCUCCAUAGCAGGCCUGUCAGAGAGCGAGGGCUUUUCUGGAACUCCACCGGAUGGAUCGAUCGAGACAGAAUCCGACAACCUGGUCUGGGGGAGAACAAACCAGCAGUGUUUAAGGUAAAAAGGCUGUUUUCAAAUAUAUGUAAGAAAUUUAGAGGGUUUUAGGCUUAAAACACCUCAGAGUUAGAUUUUCCUGGGCGUAGGAAAUCUAAAGUCUAAAGUAAAAGGUUUUUUGAAGGAUUCUCCUGGGCGUAGGAAAUCCAAAACAGUAUUCAGAGUCUAGGCUUAACUCUGAAGGAAUUUUAGUAGGUUAUUUUAGGCUUAAAAUAACUGAGGAUUUUUGUAGAUUGUUCUAGGCUUAGACAAUCUAUAAAAAGGUUUUCCUGAUUUAGAAAAAUCAGAGGGUGAUCACAAAGGUUUUACUGGUUUAGAAAAAUCAGAGGGUGAUCACAAAGGUUUUACUGGUUUAGAAAAAUCAGAGGAUAAAUAAUAAAAUAAAUAAAUAAAAAAAAAAAAAAAAAAAAAAAAGAGGGGAAAAUGGGAGGAACUUUUAAUAAAGGUCAAAAUACUGAAGAAUACGUUCCAUGUGGCCCAGAAAUAGAUCAUAUGGUUAGAAGUCAUGGUAGAGUUUGUUGUCAACAUGUUCCACAGUGGCACACAGAGUUUGGUUUUCCUAAGAAUGGCAGCUUACAGGUAGACCACAUCAGAGACUUAGAGCAGAAACUCUUAGCACAACGUGCCAAACUGAUGCAACACACAAAGAUUUCAAAGGCACACCUGCAAGCAUUACAAUCACACGAAGAAGCAUUCAAUCUCUGGAAAAGAGAAGCCUUUUGCAGGGAUCAAAAACACCAGAGUAAACUACAGAUGGUUCAGAAAUUUGCACACAAGGGGAAUGAAAAAUAUAAGACUAAAAAAGAACAGGAAAAAUCUAAUAAAACAAAAUGUGUUUCUUCUCACGCAUGUACAUCACUGGCUGUACCUGGCUUGAGUCCAACGGCACCAACUGACCCUUCAGCAAACCCAUCUGUGGCUCCACUCUACCCAGCACUCCAAGUCCUUGGAACUCCACCACCGUACCGUCCAAAGACUGAUGGUCCAGGACCGAAGAAUCCAUUCUGGGAUCCCUCGGACGACUCCCUGCCUCUGGCUAUCCUCCACCAAUCAAAGACUGAGCAGAAACCCCAUCCUGUUGACCUUGAGCAACAACAGGACCAGGACAGAGUUCCCUCACGAGGCAUGAAAGGCCCGCCUCCACGACCCCCUACAACUGAACAUGGUCGUCACCUUCGCUCCAAAGACCAACCCCUGACCCCACCAUCACCUGGCAUCUCUGGAAACCGGUACAGAGGACAGAAGGUUGAAACCUAUCCCAUGGUUGAAGUCCCUGGCCUCAAAGGCCCUGACCUUCUCUACAGAGCUUGGGGACCAGAUGACCUCAUUGCUGUAGCUAAACAGCACCUUCCCCCUAUUGAGAAAGGAGGCAGAGCCAUCGCUGAAGCCCUAGAGUAUCUCAGCAAAACCAUGAGACCAACGACCUAUGAACUUAAGACUGUUUUGCUCCAUGUUUAUGGUCCAACUGUGGUCUCCAAACUUGGUCCAGUCUUUUCACAAGAUCUCCGUCUAAGAGGAAUGGAUAACCCUGACGGAACCGACAAUCCACUCAAUGCUGACUACAACAAGGCUCUACGAAAAAUAGGUGAAGCCUUCAUAGAGCAGUUUCCAGUCCGCCCCUGCUACAAUGUCAUCUCAGCCUGCAUCCAAGGUCCAAUUGAAGGUUCAAAUGACUUUUACAGACGCCUGUUUGACAUUUUCUCAGCUCACUCUGGUCUAGAAGUCCCCAAAAAUGACUGGAUGGGUAAUGAUCCGGCUGGUCCCUUUGAACUGCUUCUCUGUCAAAAGUUCCUGGAAGGACUGAGGCUUGACAUCAGAGAUGGAAUCAAAAUGUCCUACAUUGGAUGGGACAUCACACCAAGAAUUAAAGAACUUCUGCUUCAUGCCCAACACAAUGAGAAACUCUGCAACGAUCGCCAGAAGAAGAACAAAGACCGCAAAGAAAAGCGCAUGGAAGAUGCUCAGCUCACCCUGAUUCAACACAUCACUGCUCAGAACUCCAACCACCGCCCACCUGCAGUUGAUCAAUAUGGAGGUCCCUCACAAGAUCCAUGUUUCAAUUGUGGCCAGAUUGGACAUUGGGCUCGAGAAUGCCCUCAGAAAAAGCGAGACAGAAGCAGAGGCAGAGGUUUCCACCACCAUCAAGGACGUCCAAACCCACGUGGCGGCUUUGGCCCACGCGGCCGAGGGUUCCUAACUCGGGGUGGUUUCAACAAUCAAAGAGGACAUUAUUCCACCUGA